CGCUGCGCAGAAGAAUGACUGUUAGCCAAUCAGAUGACGCUUGGCCAGCAUCCCAAAUUCUGAAUAUAGAAGAGUAGGAAAGAAAUAUCAACAACAAAAGCGCUCUUCUGAACCUAGAUUAAAAACAGUAGACAGUUGGUUAAUAGUCCCACUAACGUUAGUAGAAAGAUUCACUGUGAAGUGUAUGGUUGCUAUGGAAACUGAGGGUGAUCAAGUGUAAGGUAGCAGUGGCUUGGGAACCAGGAAAACCACUAUCCAUUGAGAAAGUAGAGGUCGCCCCUCCCAAGGCACAUGAAGUACGGAUCAAGAUUGCUGCAUCUGGCGUCUGUCACUCAGAUUGGGCUUACCUGUAUGAUAUUGCUAAAAUGAAGCCACGGCCGUUUCCUUUGGUUUUGGGGCACGAAGGGGCAGGAGUGGUGGAGAGUGUUGGUCCAGGUGUCACAAAGGUGUCUAUAGGAGAUAAAGUGAUUCCUCUGUUCCUGCCACAGUGUGGACAAUGUGAACGCUGUCAGAGUCCAAAGACCAACCUCUGCACCAAAAACUGGGAGAAAACUCAACAAGGUGUUCUUGCUGAUGGCACCAGCAGGAUCACCUGUAAGAAUCAGCAGGUUCAUCAGUUUAUUGGUAUCAGCACUUUCUCUGAAUAUACGGUUGUGCCAGAGGACAAUGUGACCAAGAUUCACCCAGACGCUCCACUGGACAGAGUGUGUUUGCUGGGCUGUGGAGUUUCUACAGGAUAUGGGGCAGCAGUGAACACAGGCAAAGUGGAAUCUGGCUCCACAUGUGCAGUGUUUGGUUUGGGAGCUGUGGGACUGGCAGCUGUCAUGGGCUGCAAAGCUGCCGGUGCCUCCAGAAUCAUCGCUGUUGACAUCAAUUCAGACAAGUUUGAGAUCGGUAAGACAUUUGGAGCGACUGAGUUUGUGAACCAUAAAGACCACAGUAAAUCCAUUCAAGAGGUGCUGAGGGAGCUGACCAAUGGUGGCGUUGAUUAUGCUCUUGAGUGUGUCGGCGAUGUGGCGGUUAUGCGGGCAGCUGUGGAAGCAUGCAGUCCUGCAGGGGGAGUCUGCGUGAUUGUGGGCUGGAUUGAGGUGGAGGAACUUUCUCUUGCCCCACUGGAUAUCCUGCUGGGAAGAACUCUGAAGGGCACUUAUUUUGGAGGCUGGAAGAGUGUUGAAGCUGUGCCCAGACUGGUUCAAGACUAUAUGAGCCGAAAGAUUCUCCUGGAUGAGUUUGUGACACACAGACUCGCUCUAGAUCAGAUUAACCAGGCAUUUGAUCUCAUCGUGAGUGGGAAAAGCAUUCGGACAGUGAUUGAGAUGUGAUAUUCCCAAAAUCCUUCUAACAGACCGCACAAUAUCAGUGGUUUUGAUGUGUUUCUCCUCUGCCUCUCUAUGGCCUAAAUUUGUAAUAUAGUUAAAAAAUGAGUUUUGCUGGGUUGACACAGUAACAGCCAUUAUCAGACUACAAUAAAAGACGCUUUUGCAAUAUUUACAAAGGAAAAGAGAUUGGCAGGCUCAUGCUUAGACAAUGAUUACCCACCUACCUGCUAAUGCAAAGUUCCCUUUUAAGUUCCUGUAUGUAUAGUAUCUGCACAUUUAUAGACAGAAAGGAAAAGUCAUUCAUAUUUAGGGCACUGAUUGUUCUUUUAGGCCAUAUUUUCAAAGAGCACAUCUGUUCUGAUCGGAGACUGUUCUACAUAAUAAAGCCGAAGUUGAUUUUUUUUUCUUAUCAGUA